AUGGAUGACUAUGAUAUCCGAUCUGCAGCGAGCAUCUUGGCCUCUGUCAAAGAACAAGAGGCUCGCUUUGAGCGGCUCACCCGAGCCCUGGAGGAAGAACGCCGCAAUGUCUCGCUGCAGCUCAAGCAGGCCAACCAGCCCUCGGAUCGCAUAAAUGUCUGCAACAUUGGCAGUGGGCAGCCCCUGGCGACUGCUUGGCAGCAGCUGGUUCUGCAGGAGCAAAGCCCCAGCAACCAGACCUCUAUAGCAAUGAUGCAGGAACCCCAAGAGAAGGUAGAGGAGACGGUGACCGUUGAAGAAGACCCCGGAACCCCAACAUCUCACAUUUCUAUUGUGACUUCAGAAGACGGGACCACCAGAAGGACAGAGACAAAGGUAACCAAGAUGGUCAAGACUGUCACAACUAGAACGGUGCGCCAAGUGCCCCUUGGUCCUGAUGGCCUCCCUACAAUGGACGGAUCCUCCCCCAUGGGUAGCUACACUGACUCCAUAGACAGAAGGCAGGUCAAGAAUGGAGAGCGGUACAUCACCCCCCAGGCAUCGUCCACUCUGAACCGAACUUACAACAGCUACAACGAUUCCUACCCAGAGAGUCACGAUGGCCAAUAUCGUUCCUUUGUAAGCCACAAUGGUUACGGCGACCUGCCGGACAAUUAUGGAAGCUUGUCUCGGAGUGUCAAUUACCGACCGCAUUAUGCCUACGUACCGGGGAACAAUUACCGGCCCGAGGACGGGAGCUUCACUUUGCCAAGCAGGAGGGAUAAUUACGGACCUCUGGCCCAGCCUCAGGUGCCGACGGGCAGUAACGCAGACUUGAACCGCUCCCAGCCAGAACGGUUCCAACCGGAGCCUUAUGGGCUGGAGGAUGAUAACCGCAGCCUCGGAAUUGACGACGAAGGUUAUGAACUCGAUCCAGAGGUCUCGAUGGUGAACCGGAGGACGUCGGCUGGGAUCCCGGAGAGAGGGAGACCUCACAAGGGAAGGAGCUAUGAGGAUCCAAUUGAGAGCGAAAUCGUCAAUGAGAGAAUUCCCUACUUGCACGGCAGCUAUGCGGCUCCUUUGGCGCAACCCGAAAGGGGGAGCAUGGCCAGCAUCGACCGCCUGGGCAAGCGCUCCCCCUCCAUUGACAGCAUUCGCAAAGACCCCCGAUGGCGAGACCCGGAUCUUCCUGAAGUCAUCGCCAUGCUCAGCCACCCCAUCGAUCCCGUGAAAUCCAACGCAGCAGCCUACCUCCAGCAUCUCUGCUACGAGAAUGAUAAGAUCAAGAAGGACGUGAGACAUCUCAAGGGCAUUCCCAUCCUGGUGGGUCUGCUAGACCAUCCCAAGCCUGAGGUCCACCGCAAAGCAUGUGGGGCCCUCCGGAACAUAUCCUAUGGGAAGGAUAAUGAGAACAAAGUGGCCAUCAAGAACUGUGAUGGGAUCCCAGCUUUGAUCAGGUUGUUGCGCAAGACGAGUGAUAUGGAAGUACGGGAACUCAUUACAGAGUGGAAUGAGAACAAGGAAGCCCUGAAGAAAAGAAAAACGCGUUUUGAGAAAGCAGCAUAUGGUCUGACUUUCCUCUCGGAGAAUGUAAGUUCGGAUGGGGCCGAAGCACGUCGGAGACUCCGGGAAUGUGAAGGUUUGGUAGAUGCUCUUCUCCAUGCUUUGCAGUCGGCAGUCGGCAAAAAAGAUACAGAUAACAAGUCGGUGGAGAAUUGUGUCUGUAUCAUGAGGAACCUCUCCUAUCACGUCCACAAAGAAAUUCCAGGCGCCGACAAGUUCCGGGAAUUAGAAAAUAACCAGUUGGGAAGUUUUGGAGGAACUCAUAAGAAAAAGAAAGACGACGCAGGCUGCUUUGGUGGGAAAAAAGCCAAAGGAAAGAAAAAUGGAGAUGUGGACCGGAACUUUGAUACACUGGAUUUACCUAAGCGAUCCGAAUCUGCAAAAGGCUUUGAAUUGCUUUACCAGCCGGAAGUCGUGCGACUUUACCUCUCAAUUCUCACGGAAAGUCAGAAUUUCAACACUCUGGAAGCAGCCGCCGGCGCUCUGCAGAAUCUCAGUGCAGGAAACUGGACAUGGUCUACAUACAUCCGGGCAACGGUGCGAAAGGAACGAGGACUUCCCGUCCUGGUGGAGCUGCUCCAAUCAGAUUCGGACAAGGUGGUGAGAGCGGUAUCCAUAGCCCUGAGAAAUCUCUCCAUGGAUCGUCGUAACAAGGAUCUCAUAGGUAGCUAUGCCAUGGGGGAACUGGUAAGAAAUUUGCCUAGCCGGCAACAGCGAUCUUCAAAAAACCUUGAAGAAGACACAAUAGUUGCUGUCCUAAACACCAUCCACGAAAUUAUUACUGACAGUUCUGAAAAUGCCAGGUCCCUGAUCCAGACGCAAGGCAUUCAAAAGUUGGUUGCUAUCAGCAAAUCCAGCCAGUCCUCCAGAGAAAUGAAAGCAGCUUCUCACGUUCUUCAAAUGACUUGGAGCUACAAAGAGUUAAGGAAUGUUUUGCAGAAGGAAGGCUGGAAUAAAUCUCAUUUCCAGACUGCCUCAGCAACUACGAAAGGAUCCAAAAGUACCUCUUGUAAAUCUGCAUAUGACGACAGCACGUUGCCCCUGGUGGAUAAAAGCCAAGAUAAUGAGAAGACUGGAAGCCGGGAUAUGAUUCCAAUGGAUGAGCUUGGGCCAGAUGGCUACUCCACCAUCGAUCACCGGGAUAAGGAGCGGAAAUACAAAACCAAUGACAAUAUGGGAGACGCAUCAGAGAAAGAACCCCUAAAGAAUGACACAAAUAGGAAAACGCUCACCAGGAGCAACAGGCCUUCGGUGACUCUGGUGGACACACGGGAUAGUAAGCCCCAGCCUGUUGACUCCUGGGUCUAACAUUGUGCAUGCAUGGGCUAAAAUCCAGCCGCUUGUUUUACAAUUCUUGUUGUCAUUGUUUCCCCUCGACUCAAAGAAGACUCAACAAACAAACACACACACACAGACACACACACACCACACAACCCAGAGACAAACACCAACACACAGACCGAAAGGUUUGCAUUAUCCAUCACUGCCAUUCUGACCGCAGAAUCGGUGAAACCAGCCAAAGCUGCAGGCUUGAACGUUGAGGAGAACAUCCAUCAACUCGAUCUCUGGAGGGUUUGCUCGACCAUUCUGCUCUGGAAGAAAACCUCACCUUCCCAUCCAGGAAAAGAAAAAAAGAAGAAGAAGAAGAAGAAGAAGAAGAAGGCAAAAUGGAAAACGGAUCUCUCUGCACCUCCCAGCAGGACGGAUCACAAUUCCGAUAGAGAACGGCAAGUUUAGGCCAACUGGAUUUGCUUCUUUGUGGACUCUUCAGCAUAGAUGGUGCCAAGUUGGGAGAUGAAGGUCAAGAGAAGAGGAAAGAAAGGGGAAAUGGGCACCAAAAAAAACAAGAACCAAAAAGGUGUUCUGAAUGAAAAUCUCCAGGAUAUUUCAUAUGAUAGUAUAGUUCUUUAAAAAGGCACUUUUUUCUC